GCCUCCUCGAUCGUCUCCUUCGUUCUCCUCCUCUCUCUCUCUCUCUCUCUCUCUCUCUUUCCUCGAAUCGAAUCCGAAGAAAAGGGGCAAAUAAGAUCUACGAAAUUUGCGAAGUGGGUCUCGUUUAGAUUCAUCGUAUCAUUCGCUUGUCUCGCGAUCUAAGGCCCUGUGGGUCUCGGCACAUCGGGCGCGUGCGAUCGGAGGAUUCGGAUACGAACAAGGGUUGGUGGGGUUCGUUCUUCUUGUUUUUUUCCCAUUUCUUUUAAUUGCGCCUUCGAUUGAUUUGAGUUGGGUUUUUUCUUCGUAAUCACUGUUAAGAUUGUGGGUGGAUCUUAGAUAGGGUUUUUUAUAUAUAUAUAUUUUUGUUUUUGGUUUUUCCCCCCUUUUUUGUUAAAUUUUUUUUGGCCCGUUGUGUUGUGGGAAAGGGACCCCCCCUCCUUUGUUGGGAGUGGGUAUUUUGUUCCAUCUGUUGUUGUAGCGAGUUGGGUGGGGGGGAAAGGAGGCUCCUUUCGUUGUUUUCCUGUUGCGGAGGAUCUAUUGUAUCUAGGAAUUUUGGAUUUUUACCCCUUAAUUUCCCAGAUUUGUCCUUGCUGGGCGUGUAAAUUGAGGUAGAGCUCCUUUUUGCGGUCGUGAUCUUGUUGUUUAGAUCCGCGUAUGAACGUGUAGAACCCUAAUUUUAGUAUUGUUUGAGUGGUUGGAGGAGAACCCCAGUUGGUGAUAUAAAAAGGUCUCCUUUUCUUCGUAAGUUUUUCUAAGAUUGUACUUGUUGUUUGGAGAUUGUGGAGAUUCGGGAGUUGCUCUAUCUUCUAUGCACUAUGAGGAACUCUUUCCUCGCCGAAGCGUGUAAAGAGACGCAGCUCCACGCGCUAAAUCCUCAAUCAUGGCUUCAAGUUGAAAGAGGCAAACUUUCCAAAUCUUGCUCAUACUCUCCUUCUUCCAUUGAAUCUCUUAUCAAGGUUUCGGAGCCACCGAUACUGCCUUUAUUAAAACCUAUAGAUUAUGUCGGAGUAUUAGCUCAGAUCCACGAAGAGAUCGAGCAGUGCCUGCCGCAUGAGAUGCCCAACCUAUACUUGAUUCAGUUUCAGGUCUUUCGGGGUCUUGGGGAAGCCAAAUUGCUUCAGAGAAGCCUCCGUUCUGCCUUUCAAUGCGCGAGCACCGUGCACGAGAAACUCGUAUAUAGCGCGUGGUUGAGAUAUCAGAAGCAAGACGAAGAGCUUAUAUCUGAUCUUUUAGCUUCCUGCGGGAAGUGCUGCCAAGAAUCUGGGCUUCUUGAUAUAGCUUCUCAGAUCCCUGUUGGAACUUUCAAACUCAUUGGAGUGUGUGAUUCGAGUAAGCGGGACGUUUCUAAUACAGUGGCCUUCCAAAUAAGGGAAGAAAAAGUAGUAUGUGAGAGACAGAAGAUUGCUUCUUUAUCGAUCCCUUUCCACACCAUGCUUAAUGGGUCAUUUGCGGAGUCACAUCUUGAGGUCAUUGACCUGUCAGAAAAUGAUAUCUCCCCUCCAGGGAUGAGGGCCAUCUCAGAAUUUAGUUGUAGUGGUCUUUUAAGCGAUUUGUCGAUAGACAUCUUGCUGGAGAUCUUAGUAUUUGCCAACAAGUUUUGUUGCGAGAGCCUUAAAGAUGCUUGCGAUAGGAAGUUGGCGUAUUUGAUUUCCUCGCAACAAGAGGCUGUUGACCUAAUGGAGUGUGCGAUCGAAGAGGAUGCUCCAGUUCUUGCUGCUGCUUGUUUACAAGUGCUUUUACACGACCUACCCAAGUGCUUAGCAGAUGAACAAGUUGUUAAAAUUUUCUCGAGUGCUACAAAGCAGCAGCAGUCGAUCAUGGUGGGCCAUGCCUCCUUCCCGUUGUACUGUUUGCUAAGCGAAGUUGCUAUGAAUAUCAAUCCGAGGGCAGAUACUACGGUGUGCUUCUUGGAGAAGCUGGUCGAUUCGGCAACAAGUGCUAGGGAGAAACAAGUAGCCUCUCACCAGCUUGGGUGUGUUAGGCUUUUGAGAAAGGAGUAUUGCGAAGCAGAGCACCAGUUCGAAGCCGCCUUUUCUGCUGGUCAUGUAUACUCUAUUGUUGGGCUAGCUAGAGUAACCUUUAUUAUGGGUGAUAAGCUUUCAGCCUAUGAAAAGCUCAGUUCAGUUAUAUCCUCUUAUCCACAACUUGGAUGGAUGUACCAGGAGAGAUCUUUGUAUACUGAAGGUGAUAUGAAGUGGGAAGACCUCGACAAGGCAACAGAGUUGGACCCAACUCUUAUUUACCCCUAUAUGUAUCGAGCUGCGUCUUUGAUGAGAAAGCAAGAUGCCAAACUUGCCCUGGCCGAAAUUAACCGUGUUUUAGGCUUCAAGCUCGCAUUAGAGUGCUUAGAACUCCGGUUUUGUUUCUACUUAGCGCUCGAAGAUUAUAGAUCUGCUCUUUGUGAUGUACAAGCUAUUCUAACCCUUGCUCCAGACUAUAGAAUGUUUGAAGGCAGGGUGGCCGCUUCACAAUUGUGCAUGCUCGUCAGAGAACAUGUUGAGCAAUGGAGUACUGCCGAGUGCUGGCUUCAGCUUUAUGAUCGGUGGUCAGCAGUUGAUGAUAUAGGUUCCCUUUCUGUGAUAUAUCAGAUGCUUGAAUCAGAUCCAGCAAAAGGAGUUUUGUACUUCAGGCAAUCUUUGCUUCUCCUUCGGUUGAACUGCCCUGAAGCAGCAAUGCGCAGUCUGCAGCUGGCACGCCAACAUGCAGCGACUGAGCACGAACGCUUGGUUUAUGAAGGUUGGCUUCUAUAUGACACUGGUCACUGCGAGGAAGGCCUCCGUAAAGCAGAGGAGUCGAUCGCCAUUCAGCGGUCAUUUGAGGCUUUCUUCCUGAAAGCGUAUGCUUUGGCUGAUUCAAGUAUGGACCCUUCGUGCUCUAAUACUGUUAUAUCGCUUCUUGAAGAAGCUUUAAAAUGCCCUUCCGAUCGGCUUCGAAAGGGCCAGGCCUUGAACAACCUUGGCAGCGUUUAUGUUGAUUGUGGGAAGUUGGACAAGGCGGCCGAUUGUUACAUUAGUGCGCUUAAGAUCCGGCACACGCGGGCCCACCAGGGCCUGGCCCGAGUUCACUUCCAGAAGAACAAAAAGAACGCUGCAUACGAAGAAAUGACUAAAUUGAUAGAGAAGGCGAAAAACAAUGCUUCGGCUUAUGAAAAGCGGUCUGAGUAUUGUGAGCGGGAACUGACGAAGGAAGACUUGCAGAUGGUGACCAAAUUGGAUCCUCUUAGGGUUUAUCCUUACAGAUAUCGAGCUGCAGUGCUGAUGGACAGCCACAAGGAGAAAGAAGCCAUAGCCGAGCUCACGCGUGCCAUCGCAUUCAAAGCCGACCUCCACCUCUUGCACCUCCGCGCGGCCUUCCACGAGCACGUCGGAGACGUCUCGAGUGCCCUUCGGGACUGCCGGGCCGCUCUCUCCCUCGACCCCAACCACCAAGAGAUGCUCGAGCUCCACCGGCGUGUUUACACCCAAGAGCCAUGAUCAGAACGUUUUACGAACGUUCCUCGUCCUGUAUACUACACAAAAUCCACGUGCUCAUCGCAACUCGCUGUACUGCCGUCCGCCCCUCGAGAGCCGUAAUUCUUUCUGUAUCUCUCCUCUUUGUUUUCUGUAACUUAUGUUCAGGUAGUUAUUCCUCGCUAGCUGUAACGUUUGUCGCCGUGAAAGAAGUUUUGGUUACCUUUGAAUGUAACGAAAAGAAUGUCGGAAGUCGGGGGAACCGUGGGUAAUUUUGCGUCUACGUCGCAGACGCUCCGGUCUCGGAUACAAUAAAGGGUUGAUAGAGCAAUACAGAUGUUGCAGAUGACCAGUCUAAGCAAUUUUAUUACUGAAAUGUCUCUUUCAUAUCUUUUGCUUUUCCAGUAGAGGCUUUUGUACAUGUCAAUUGAAUGUUCUUUUUUAAAAGUUUGAGAUUUAAGCUAUGUUUGCAUCA